CUGACUUACAUGUAUCUGUUUCAGAGUUGGAGCCCAGUUUUCCCUACAGAGAUGUCACUAUCAGGAGAAAUGUUGACAUGAAGGAGUUUUACGACCUUGAAUCAGAAAUCGGCAGAGGAAAGUUCGGGACAGUUUACCGAUGCCGAGAGAAGAGCACAGGGUUGGCUCUCGCCGCCAAGUUCGUCGGUACCGCGAGACGGGAGGAUCGACGUAACGUGGAGAGGGAAGUGGAGAUCAUGCGGAUGUUGCAACACCCCAGGAUCAUUCAACUGUACGACGCUUGCGAGUCGAGCAACGUCAUGUGUGUCAUUCAAGAACUUAUUGAAGGAGGUGAGCUGUUUGACAGAGUGAUUGGAGACGAUUUUAUCCUGACAGAGAAGUCCUGCACAGUAUUUGUACGUCAAAUCUGUGAAGGAGUAGCUUUCAUUCACUCAAAGAAUGUAUUGCAUCUUGACCUCAAGCCAGAAAACAUCCUCUGCCUGACAAGAACGGGGAAUCGAAUAAAGAUAAUAGACUUCGGCUUAGCGCGGCAGUACGAUCCGAGCAAGAAGCUGCAAGUUCUGUUUGGUACACCGGAGUUUGUUGCCCCUGAAGUUGUCAACUUUGACGCAAUUGGCUUUGGCACGGACAUGUGGAGCGUGGGAGUCAUCUGCUACGUGUUGUUAUCAGGCUUGUCACCAUUCAUGGGAGAGACAGAUGUGGAGACCAUGGCCAAUGUCACCAUUGCCCAAUAUGAUUUUGAUGAUGAAUCGUUUGAUGACAUCUCUGAAGAAGCUAAGGAUUUUAUCAGGAAACUUCUCGUCAAAACUAGAGAUGGGCGGUACAGUGCGUCCGAGUGCCUGUGUCAUCCGUGGCUGGCAAGACGGCCUCCUCUGCUAACAACAGGACUAGACAUUACCAAGGAGAAUCUGCGUGAGACUGUAGAGCGUUGGAAUGAGCAGGACCCCAGUCCCACCCAGGUGACGGUGAUACCAUUGCCUCCGACACCACCUGCCACCCCGGUCAUGACUCAACCACCCCCUCCACCACCCGCCGAAGUAGUCACACCACCAGACAUCACUGCUGCGAUUGACAACUCUCCUAAAGGCGUCAAAAAUCCAGGAGAUCUCCAAUCACCUAAUCCUUCCAAGCAACCGAAAAUUGAAAUGGCUUCUGUUAAAAGUAAAGAUAUCGAAAAUACCGCUCCAGAAGAAACCAAAGUUAGCACUUUUUCAUGGACAAAGAAGACUCCCACAGUCAAGUCACAAAUGAGUUUACCAGAAGGAAAACCAGUUAACAAAACAAAGAUGGAAGAAGACUCUAAAAAUGUUAAUGACGGUAAAUUUCCUUCGAAAUUCUCUUUGAAACCUUCUAGCUCAAUUGCAAAUACCGGGAGCUUGUUCAACUCUCGUAUACAGCAAGGAGGAACCCAAAUUACCAUUAGCAAAAAGUCGUUGAACCCCAGCCCUCAACCUAAAAUUGCCGGAAUUGUUCUUGGUCAAACUCAUCCGAGAGGGCCUGAUCUAUUUCCAUCAAAGAAAGAAUUACCGAAAUCUACAGUAGAGAAGGCUCCUCCUGAACCGAAACCCAAAAUAAUUACACACAAAAUUAUUGUUGAAGGGAAAGAUAUUACGGAGGAGCCCACAGCUGAUGUUACAAAAGCAUCUUCAAAGAUUUCUUCACCAAUAAAUAUAGACAACAAAGACUCACUUCAUCCUCUACUACGAAAUUUACAGAGUGAUCGGUUUGAGAGAAGAUGUUCAGACAUUUCCUGUUUUCUUCAUGACAUUGAAAACUCCACAGAUGGAUCUAGUAUCUUAAGUGAAAUCAAAAAACUCUCCACUAGGUUGUUCGAAAGUGAUAUGCUAGAUGAAUCUAACAACAACAGAUCAACAAGUUUGUUAAGACAAAUAGCAAAUCGUGGCGUCGGCCCCCGAAGACCUAAGUUCAGAGUGACCAAUUUGAACCGAGAUGUCCCGAUCGGCUCUCCUCCACCUCCUACGAACAUGACUUACUUCAUCCCUCCGAACUCUCUGAGUCCUGAAUCGUACUCCUCACAGACACACUCCGCUCCACAGUCGCCGAGAGGCUCUCCUGACAGGAUCCCAGAAACUCUCACCAAAGAUGUUAUUCUGAGGUUAUUUGACAAACUAGAAGGACAUUCUGAAUGCAGUGCAGUUGAAUCGGUCACCAACUACGUAAGGUCCAGUGAGACCAAGAAGAAAGUUACCUCUAUAAGCACUAAGUAGACAAGUUUGUCACUGCGAUGGCACUCACCAUUGUGAUAUUCGGUCCCUGGGCUGUGUUUGAAAAGUUUAUAUUAAAUAACCAACAGAUAAACUGUUAUACUGACAACAAGUUUUACAGAGAACUCGUUAUAUUGUAACAAUGUAAAUAUUUCCUUAUUUUGUAUAAACAAGUAACAUGCCUAGUCUGUGCCAUAUCUAGUCAUAGAAUAUAUUAUUUUCAUGUACUGUAACAGUUUUAUCGUAAACAAAUUUAAUGUAUUCAGAAAAACAAUGAUUUAAAGUUACUAGGAGUAGUACAUUGAUUGUUUUAGCCAUUAAACUUAGAAUGACUCAAAUUAGCACAUAUACAAAUAGUAAUUUUUAAACAUCCUACAAUUAUGUUUCAGCUGGAAAUUGUUUAAUUAUAUAGUAAUUUAGUUUUCAUGUUUUUUAUGAGUUUUUGUUUAUUAUAUUGCUAAAGCCAAUUUUUAAAUCAAAACUGCAAUACACAUCAAAAGACUUAUCAAAUAUUCUAAGACAGUGUCUCAGUAUUAUUUUAACGUUUGUGUUUAAUUUUAUUUUUGUGUAAUUUACUUUUUAGUAUUGAACAAUUUUCUACUCCAGUCAUUUUUGAAAAUUUACUACUCUAUUAAUAAGCAAACAGUUUUGUAACCCAAUAUUGGUUCAUCCUUACUAGAUGAAAGACCAUCCUUACAUAGCACGCUACCUGUUAGUUUACUGUCCAUGAUUUGUGCCUGUAUGAGUAAUUUCUCCAUUGCUCCACAGAGCAACAAUUGGUUAUUAUAUCACCAUCUGUUGCUGUCAUUACAUAUAAUUUCUUCUGUUUCGCUUGUACCACACGUCAUGUCCUGUUGUUUCUGGUAUUGGGUACGUUCAAUUGAUAUGAGUGAAUAUUUGUCCAUCACGGAAUUACCCAAAACAGAAACUUCUCAUAUAUUCUGCACAAUGUUGAAGUAAUGUGUUAACAGUCAUAAGAUUAUUUAGUAUUUUGAGCAGAAAUAUUACAAAGUAUAUAUACACAAAUAUUGCAGAAAAAUGUGUGUUUUUAAUGUUGGUGUGUAGAACUAAUCAUUACUAAAUAUUAGUUUAUUUUUAAGGAGUAGUUCACACCCUUUUAAGCCUUAUUCUGUCCAUCCUCAUGGGUCACUGGCCUGUAUGAGUAUGCUAUGAAACAGAAUAAGGGGAAUAGUCGAUACAGUAUGAGGUCCAUGGUACUGAAAAAAGUGAUUCUGUUACAGACAGGAUUUGAAACUGUUUCUAACUCAAACUCAAAGUCUGUUUUAGCCAUAAGUACUUCCCCAGUUGAUUGGAACAUUUAUAUGCAAGAGACAUGAAAUUCCUCAAUAGAACAGAAAAAGAAGGAUCCUAAAUCUGAAACUAGUAUCCAGCAAGUUCAAUAAAUGUCAGUAAAAUCGCAAAACAAAAAAGACGGAGGUGUAGCUUGUUGUCAGCAUUUUGAUUCAUAUAUUGAUGAUAUUUGUGGACAGUGAGAAUGUUUAACAUAAUUCUUGGCAAUAUCACCAAGUAUUGGGACUCAGUACAUAUGGAGAGAUUAUUGUAAAUUCUUGAAACUCUAUUUAUAGUUUGUAUUCAUGUAACAAAAUAUAUACUAACUAACUGUAGCAUGCUGUGUAAAGAUGAUCUUGUGUAAAAUAAAAUUUCAAAAAUUUCUAUAGAAUUUUCAACAUGUUUGAACUUAGUAACUAUGAUUUGUAGUUAGAUAUGUUUAGCGCCUUUGUUGAAAUAGUUGUUAAAAAGUAUCUUUUUGUACUUGAGUUAUUUUAAAUAAAGCAUUGUCAAUGAAAGUUGUAAAAUAAUCGAGCCUUAUUCAUUUAUAAUUAUUAAAUAUUGGAUCUUUUAACAUUUGGAAGAAUUUAUUUUUAACAAUAUGUGACGUUAUAUUAUAAUAAAAAAACACACAUUUUAAACACUGCUAAUUCUAAACCUUUCAAUUAAAAUAAAUACAAAAUUUAACUGAAACUUUAAAUUUUGAGAAAAUUCUUAAUAUAAUCAACAGCCAGAUGAUGAUUUUACUACUCCAUCAGUCUGCAGACACAUCACAUCGCCACAUGGUAUGGUGCUGAGAAGCUUAAUUUAUUAGAUUUGUCACAAAAUUAAAAAUGGAGUCCAAGGUAAAUUAGAAUUCAAGUUUUAUAAUUGCAAGUGAUUAAAUUUUUUAAUUUGUAUUUUUACAUUGUAAGAUUAUAUUAUGAUAUAAUUUAUUUUAAAAAUAAUAUGUAAUGUUUGAAUAAAUGUGGCUAAAAUUUUAAAUUAACGCUUAAUUUCAUUUAAUUUUGUCCAACACAAAACACAGAAAAUGUAUGAUAGGUUCAUGUAAAAAUUUAACGUAGAAGGUUUUCUAAAAAUAAUUGGCACUUGAAUCAUUUCCUGUAAUGUUAUUAAAUCCAAUCAGUGUCUUACCAUAAUUAAUUAUGACAUAGUAGAAACAUUUGAGAUUUAACACCCUAAGUUUUACAGAUUUUAGAUUUAAAAGUUUAAAAUAAUAAUUAGUUUGAGAAUUUAAUACAUAUUAGUAAAAUGCUCAAAAUAUUAUUUUAAGAUAGGGUUUUAUGAUUUGGAAAAGGUGCACAUGUAAAAUUUUUAAUAAAUGUACAUGUGCAUGAAUACUCUGGAUAUCAUUAUAAGGUAUGACUUUUAUCAUUCAGAAAAACUCACAUGUAAUAUUUUUAAUAAAUGUAUAUUUUGAAAUCAA